AUGUCUUUUAAAGUAAAUUGGAAUACGCUAGAAACGGAUUCGUUACGUUCCUGGACGACAGAGUUGCUUACUGACGCCCUUAAUUCAGGCAGAAGACCUAACAUUUUAGCAUCCGACAUCCAAAUCAAAGACCUCAAUUUUGGCAAGGUUGCCCCUGACUUUGAGAUCUUGGAGAUUGGCGAACUCGACAAAGAUAGGUUUAGAGGAAUAUUCAAGAUCAAUUAUUCGGGUGACUUUCAUCUCACGCUACACACGAAGGUUCAGGCGAAUCCGCUUAAAAUCUACGGGGAUAACUCUCAAGAAAAAGAGGUUUCACCUUCUCAGUCAUUCAUAACUCCAGACUUCUUGUUAUCAGUUGAGCCAUUCAAUCUUCCGCUCGAUCUCAAGUUGAGCGAUAUCAAGAUCUCGGGCAUUGGAAUCAUUGUGUUUUCUAAAAGCAAGGGUCUCACCUUGGUGUUCCGCAAUGAUCCUUUGGACUCCAUAAAGGUUAGCUCUACUUUCGACACUGUUCAAGUCUUGGCUAACUUCUUGCAGAAACAAAUCGAGACACAAAUUAGAGACUUGUUUAGAGAGACUCUUCCCACUCUUCUUCACAAACUCAGUUUGAAGUAUGUCUCGGCUCUCACGCCUAACGAAGUCAUGAACAACUUGAAAGAUCACUUGAACUCAUCGCAUUAUGCCAACAGUUUGGACCUCUCUGAGUCGCAAACUAUCUCACCAAGUAACUUGAGGAGGCUCGCCACCCUAUAUUGUUCGAGAGAAACUCUUGACCUAAAGGUGCCCAAAUUCAAACGUGUUGUACAAAGGAAUAGUUUGGAGAAGUUCAACAAACACCUUUAUCCGAACUUGGUCAAUUCGUUGUACUCUAAGUUGGAUAUUGCUACUCCAUCAACAACCUCCAGCAACAACAGCGUUCCGGUGGAGCUUUUCUUACAGAAGGACUACUCCAAUGUGGAGAGUAUUGUGAAGGAGAUUUCAAGCAUUCAAGGAAAAACCUUUAAAUCUGUUAACAACAAUGAUAAAGCAUCACCAAAGAGAAGAACUAUCAAGAUGGGUCACAAGUUGAAGAAGAAGCCAGCUAAGGAGGCUGUACCAUCUCACAUGGGUCAAGAUAGUGCGGCAUUGGCAAGAGCCACAAGCAUACCGAGAAACAACACUGAAUACUGUGAUUCAUCGUCCGACACUUUUGUGGAGGAAGACUCCACAGUGGAACAUCCAAAGCCAUUGCAACACGACAAGCGCCCUCCUUUGGUCAUAUCCUACGGCCACCUUGCUCACUCAAAUCUAAGCGGUUGCCCAUCGCCCUUGAGUUCGAACUCAUCCUUUAUUGGAGGAGUCGGUAUUGGCAAUUUCACCAUCGCGAACGCUCCCCCUAUUUCAGCAUCACCAGUUAGCAUUAGAGAACGAGAGAAAGAGGCGAAAACUCAGCAGCUCAAGGUUAAGAAGUCCCUCAAUCAUAUCGACAUCGGCCGGAUCAAUGAGAAGCUCAUGAGUCUCAACGAGCCAAAGGUUAGCGCUAAAGGCACCAUGAAAACCGAUGAGAUGGAGGCACCUCCCCCACCUUACCACCACAUUACGCUGAGCAUUUAA